GUUCAAAUUGAUUAACUUGAUCAAAUUGAUAACAAAACAGUAUUUUUAGAUUUUGUGUUUAUACCAAAAAAAGAGGGGAAAGAAUCCUGUCGAACACAGACGAUCUUUGAAAGGCUCCUACGUCAUGACGCAGCGACUGCCGCUGGACGUCGGUGGCAGACUGGAGGUACCGACGGACAGGGGGUCCAGAAUUAACGGGAUUAAGGGGAGGAGCCCAGGAAACAGGGCCCUCGUGAGUGUGUGUGUGUGUAUCCUGAGGAGGAGGAAGAACCAGUGAACAUCUGAGAGAUGUGAAGCUGAAGGAUCAGAGGAGCUGUCACUCAAUACAGGACCACGCCCUCUGCCCCCACGUCGGCCAAUCAGCACGCAGUCUGGAGGACCAUCAUGCACCUGAAGUCUUACCCUAAGCUCGCCCGCUCAGAGCUGCGUCUUGACGCGUCGUCCCAGUGCAGCCUGUUCCUGAGGACGUACGGCGGUAGCCAUGGCAACAUCCGCAGCAGCCGGCUCCCGCCCGGAGUCACCGAGGAGGACGCCGAUACGCCACCAGACAUCUGGACUGUCAUCAGGCCCGGUCACGUGCGAGAGAAGAUCGCCAUCUAUGCCUCCGACUCCGAGCGCGUCUCGCCCGGCAAGGUGAAGGGGAGCUGGGAGGAGAACUGCAGCUUCAAGAGGCGCCGCAGGUCGGGGAGCAACCAGAAGCUCCAGGGCACACUGCAGCCGUCUCCAUGGCAACCUGGCAGCGAGGCGCUGACGGAGGAGCAGAAGGUCUCCGUGGUGGAGAUGGUGGCGUUCCUGGAGCAGAGAGCCAGUGAGAAGCAGCUAGACUUCAAACCACUGCUCGCACUGUCCAGAGCUCCGCCCCCGGAGGUCAGGGGGGAGGAGCCAGAGAGCGUCAGGGUGUCUGACAUGGUGGCCAAGCUGGAGUCAGAGUCUCUGAAGAGGAGGUCAGAGGGAGAUCUGUCGAGGAGCAACAGCCUGAGGACGGUGGGACGUGUGCUGCUGGCCCCUGGGGACCAGAGCCCCGCCCCCUGCCAGCCUUCAUCAAUGACGUCAUCGCCGGUGGCUCCAACUCGCCACCCAGAGCCAGCUGUGUCCAUGCAGACACCAAAAGAAGCCCCGCCCCCUCCGCUCAAGGAGGCAGAGCCUUUGCCAGGCUUGUUGUUUCUGUCUCCACCUGCCACCUCACAGCCCCCCCCUCAUCACACAAUUAACUACCACGCGGAGCCCCACCCACCUCGUCCCAGUUUGGACUGCGGCGGCCAAUCUGAGAAGAGGAGGAGGGCGGACCGGGCUCGGGACGACGACGACGAGGAGGAGGAGGAGGCGGCUGCUGGUGUGCCUCUGACUCGCCGCGCGUCGCAGGACUUCCUGUCGACGCGGCGCCGCCUGCAGCAGCUUCUGGAGCCGCGGCCGUUCCUCGCCGCGCUGCCCCCCCACCUCCUGCUGGCCGUGCUGCAGCUGCUGCCCACGCAGAGCCUCGCCGCGCUGAAGUGCAGCUGCCGCUACUUCUGCUUCAUCAUCAAUAGCUAUGGCGUGCGACCCGCCGACUCUCUGUGGGUGUCUGACCCCCGUUACCGCGACGACCCCUGCAAGCAGUGCAAGAGGCGGUACGGGCGCGGAGACGUGUCACCGUGCCGCUGGCACCACAAGCCGUUCUGCCAGGCACUGCCCUACGGGCCCGGCUACUGGAUGUGUUGCCACGGCGCCCACAGGGACGCGCCCGGUUGUAACGUUGGUCUCCAUGACAACCGCUGGGUGCCUGCGUUCCACAGAAUGAAUGUGCCGAUUCACAGGAGCAACCACUGACUGUGUGAGAACUACAGCUCCCAUCAUGCAACGUUAAAGUCAGUUUAAAGGUCACGCUCCAGGAGGAGGAGUCUCAGACAGGACCUCCCUCUGCUCCUCUUCCUCUCCUUUAUCCUCCUCACUGCUGCUCAGAUGAUAGAAAUCUAUAUUCUUGGUUAUGAUCGUUGACGUUGACUCUGACCAGACCCCUCUCUUCAUCUUCAUCACGAUGAAGAGUCAGGUCACCACAGAAUGAUGAAUCAGAGCCUUUAAUCUGCACCUUGUUUACACUUGUACAUAAAUCAUAAGUCUUCAAUCAGCUGAUCGAUAAUCAUCGUAUUGUUUGAAGGGAAAAAGGAGAACGUGGCCUUGUGUCUGGAGACGCUGCAAUAUUACAGAUCCUAAAUAUAUAUAUAUAUAUAUAUAUAUAUAAUGUGUAUAAAGAGUGUUGUUUUUAGAGGUGGUGGUUUUCAGGCUGCUUCACUUCCUGUUUAAUAAAGAGCUUUCUCAUCUUGUUCAGGUUCAAA